UUUUUCACUUACUGAGACCACUGACUAUAAAAAUGUUUUAACCUCACAUUAUGUAUAAUCACUGAAUAUUUUUUUCCUUUCCUAACUCUUCUUGUUAGUGACACUCGUUUUAUUUACUUGUGUUAAUUGAAGUAGUCCAAAGGAUUUCACCGCCGUCAAAAUGGCCAAACGUACGAAGAAAGUAGGAAUUGUAGGUAAAUAUGGUACCCGAUAUGGUGCCUCGCUGCGUAAGAUGGUCAAGAAAAUUGAAAUAACCCAACACAGCAAAUAUACCUGUUCAUUCUGCGGAAAGGAAUCCAUGAAGAGAGCUUGUGUAGGAAUUUGGUCAUGCAAACGGUGUAGAAGAACUGUAGCAGGUGGAGCUUACGUAUAUUCUACGACCGCUGCAACUACUGUAAGAUCCGCAAUCAGACGUUUGAGGGAAGUGAAUGACUUGUAAUUUCCAAAAAUUUGAUCAUUAUCUAAUAUAAGGACAUUAAAAAAAAUUAGCAUUUGUUUUUAUUCAAUUAUUUCUUCAUCCUUUUAAAUAAAUUUAUAAAAACUAUAAAUGUUAAUAUUAA